CAAUUGCUAAACGUGUGUACCCACAAUGCAUUGCGAAGGAGCAUGGCCGACUUUGAGCUUGCAGCGUUAUCCUUCUAAGAAUGAACUCCUUGUUCUCUUAGAAAGUGUCCAAUAUUGACGGUUUUAAAGUCACUCCUCCGUUCAAUGUCUCUGUAAAAGUCACGCGAGGAACCGACAAACUCUUCGUCGUGACGCGCUGACCCAGAUCCAGGAUGGCAGGAGUCGGGGCCAAACGAGAGGGGCCGCAGUUCAUCAGCGAGGUUGCCGUGAGGGGAAACGCCGCUGUGCUGGAUUACUGCCGCACGUCCGUGUCGGCUCUGUCCGGAGCGACAGCCGGCAUCCUGGGACUGACGGGACUCCACGGCUUCAUCUUUUACUUCCUGUCCUCCUUCCUCCUCUCCCUGCUGCUCAUCCUCAAAGCGGGCCGGCGGUGGAACAAAUGCUUCAAGUCUCGGCGGCUGCUCUUCACCGGCGGUCUCGUCGGGGGCCUUUUCACUUACGUCCUGUUUUGGACCUUCUUGUACGGAAUGGUGCAUGUGUAUUAAGACAAACACCUCGCCAUGUGUCCAUGUUAAAGCUCCCAAACCUGUAGGUUUGUCUUCCUGCUGUUUGUCCGUACUAAAUUCAAAGUGAGCUGCUGUGUUGAAAGAACUGUUUUUUUAAUCUGCAUUUAUAAAGUUAGUAGCUUCUGCUUUGAUUCAUCCUCAUUAAUGAAGUCAUUUGUUAAUAAAUUAAUUGAUCACGUACAAACUGUGAUGUCUUGUAUAAAAAUAUAGAAAUUGUGAUUAAAUAAAGUUUGACACACUAA